AUGCUGGGAAAUGAUGUCGAGUCAAAGAAAAAGCAAGACGACACAAAUCUACAGAUGAACUCGCUGAAAGUCCUAGGUUUAACUCGUCCCAUUUACAAUUCAAUUGCUUCUAGGACAUUCGCUUCACAUCCGCUUGCGGACCUUCUUGGACGACUCAAUCAUGUGGCUAUAGCAACACCAGACCUAAAGAAGGCUUCCCAAUUCUACAAGAAUCUUGGUGCUAAAGUUAGCGAAGCUGUGCCUCAAAAAGAACAUGGUGUAUAUACCGUGUUCGUCGAACUACCAAAUGCCAAGCUCGAGCUUCUCCAUCCGUAUGGUGAUAAGUCUCCAAUUCAGGGCUUUCUGGACAAAAACAAGGGCGGCGGCAUGCACCACAUCUGCAUUGAAGUCAGCAACAUAGCGAAGGCCAUGGAAACUGUGAAAUCCAAAGGGAUCCGCACACUUGGGGAGAAACCAAAAAUCGGCGCCCAUGGCAAGGAUGUGAUCUUUCUACAUCCGAAGGAUUGCGGAGGUGUCCUAAUUGAAUUGGAGCAGGAAUAA